AUGGCUAAUAGCGAUAUGACGAGGGAAUACCGGUUCGAGGGUCAUCAAGGUCCUGUUCUUAGUGUAUCCUUUGAUCCUUUGGAUCUUUUGAUUGCGUCCUCUUCUGGUGAUGGAACUGUCAAGUUUCUAGCCGUUCCUAUCGAUAAAGAAAUACGCCUAUACGAACGAGAUACUUGGGAUGUUCUCUGUUGCCUAACUUGUCCAGUCAUUGAGCUUCCAAUUAUAGACUGUGCAUUUUGUGAUAAUAGUCACGCUGGGUCCUUUUUGGCUGCCAGCUCAGCGAACGGGUGGAUCGUUGUUUGGAGGCAUGCUCGCAGGGAAGUUGUGGCUCGGUAA